AUGCGACUCCUUAGCUAUAACUGUCGCGGAUUGGGAAGCAAGCGUGCAGUUAGAGCUCUCAAGUCGCUUUUGCGACAAGCUUCCCUACAAGUUGUUUUCUUAAUGGAAACUAAACAGACUGAUGAGGAGAAUGAAGAGGUUCGUAAGGAAUUGGGAUUCCCAGAAGGUGAGAGCUGGCCAGCUGACACUACCCGUGGUGGACGCGCAGGGGGAUUGAGUAUUUGUUGGGUGGAGGAGAUUGGAUGA